AUGUAUGAGCAAGAAGCGAUUCAAAGCACGGUCUUGGUAUUUGGACCUCAGGCGCUUGCCUUCAAUCAAGAUUCGUUUCGGGAUCUAAGCAACGCUAUUGUCGAUUCACCGGCACUUGGCUGGGUCAGCAAUGUUGUCGCGGAGCUUCCCGAGCUUUUCAUCCAGCUCAGCAACGAGAGUCCCGACCUUGGUACUAUCCCAGGGGCUGUAUUGCUCCAAUCUAUGAGCCAGCAAUUGAAGAAUGGCGACUUGGAAAGCAUAACACAGGACACCAGCUUACCAAGUAUCAUGUUAACACCGCUAUGUGUCAUCUCACAUCUUGCUGCAUACACAAAAUUCAUCGAAUGGAGACAAAAUGAGUCUGGGUGGGAGGCAUGGAAAAAGAAAGCAGAAGACUGUUUGAAGAAGACCCAAGUUGUGGGGUUUUGUACUGGUUUAUUAGCGGCACUGGUCGUCUCUCUCAGCCGGGACUCAAAGGAUUUCCAGAAACAUGGGGCUACUGCUAUUCGCCUCGCCAUGCUGAUUGGGGCUGUGGUCGACGCGGAGGAUGCCAAGAACGGGAAUUCAGGCUCUUUUUCAGCUGCUGCAAAAACCCAGGACGGGUUGACGACGAUCGAACAGAUUGUGGAAGAAUAUCCUGAUGCUUACCUAUCUGUUCGCUUCGACGAAAACAGAGUCACGGUAACUGCUCCAAAAGACGAUAUUCCCAGCCUUGUGAAAAAACUAGGUGCUGCAGGUAUAUCGACUGUGGAAAUUCGGCUGUCGGGCCGGUUCCACACCACGCGUCACCAGCGUGUUGUGACCCAGCUGAGCAACUUUUGCGAAUUGAGCCAGGCAUUCAAGCUCCCAGAAGCCGCUCAUCUCCAACUACCUUGUUUGGCAGACGUGGAUCCAACAAGACAAGGGAUCGUUGCGGGCAAUUUGUCAUCCAUUGCUUUGGACGCAAUAUUGGUACAGCCAUCAGAUUGGUGGAGAACUUUCACAGCUCUUGUUGCCAUCCCAGGCAGAACCAAGAUAAUAGUUCUCACUCAAGAAAAAUGCGCACCACCGUCGGUAGUCAGCAACUUGCCUGCGAGGUUUCAGCUAUUGCAUCUUGCGGAGCUCAUCAAAACUGAACGCUCAUCCCAGGACUUCGCUACAAACGAAAAUGAUAUCGCCGUGGUCGGGAUGGCUUGCAAGGUAGCCGGGGCUGAUGAUAUCAAUGAAUUCUGGGAUAUCCUGUGUGAAGGACGCUCUCAACACACGGAAAUCCCCAAGUCACGACUUGGCUUCAAAACCGCAUUUCGAGACACGGAUGAGAGUAGGAAGUGGUACGGAAAUUUUCUCAAAUUUCACGAUGCUUUCGAUCACAGGUUCUUCAAGAAAACCCCACGAGAGGCUGCGUCAAUGGACCCUCAACAGAGGAUACUCUUGGAGAUCGCUUACCAGGCUGUGUCACAGUCAGGAUACUUCCACACAAACCCACACUCAGCGAAUGUCGGCUGUUUUAUUGGAACUUGUGCAGUUGACUAUGAGUACAAUGUGGCUUGUCACGCACCCAACGCGUUCUCUUCCACGGGUAAUCUCCGGGGAUUCAUUGCGGGGAAAGUAAGCCAUCACUUUGGCUGGACUGGGCCUAGUCUCACCCUCGACACUGCAUGCUCAGGGGCCGCGGUUGCCGUGCACCAGGCCUGCAAAGCCAUUCUCAGCGGUGAAUGCGUGUAUGCACUAGCUGGCGGCGUCAACAUGAUCACUCAACCACUUGCGUACCAGAACCUGGCCGCAGCCUCGUUCUUGAGUCAAACCGGCCAAUGCAAACCUUUUUGUGUCCGCGCGGAUGGCUAUUGUCGAGGAGAGGGCGUCGGCGCUGUGUUCUUGAAAAAGAAGUCGGCUGCCAUCGCUGAUGGCGAUCAGAUCUUUGGGCUGAUAUCCAGUACAGCGGUUUUGCAAAACCAGAAUUGUACUCCGAUAUUUGUCCCCAACGCACCGUCUCUCUCUGGCCUCUUUGAACAUGUCCUUGACAAAGCCAGGCUAAAAGCCUCUCAGAUCUCUUAUGUUGAAGCACAUGGGACAGGCACACCAGUAGGGGACCCUGCAGAGUAUGAGAGUAUCAGUCGAAUCUUUGCUGUAGCUGAGCGGACGACCGCCGUCCAUCUCGGCUCGGUGAAGGGACUCAUUGGCCAUACCGAAAGCUCUUCCGGUCUGGUGUCUCUGAUCAAGGUACUGUUGAUGAUGCAUUAUAGCACGAUCCCUCCCCAGCCCAGUCACCACAGUCUCAGCCAUUCCAUUGAGCCAAACCAACUAGUCAAUAUAUCAACGUCUCUGAAGCCUUGGGGCGAUCAUCUCAAAGCUGCUCUGAUCAACAAUUACGGAGCAUCCGGAUCAAAUGCAUCGAUGAUCGUCCGGCAAUUCACGCCCGAUUCCGGUGUUGGAUUUGAAGGACAAAGAUGGAAGUAUCCAUUUUGGAUCUCUGCAAACGAUGAAAGAAGCCUCCAAGCAUACGCAGAGAGACUGGGAGCGUUCCUAAGCAAAAGGGCUUGCCAGAUGACCUCUUUCAUCAGAGACUUGGCAUUCAAUGUGUGCCGGCAAUCGAAUCGGCGCUUGCCAAAAGUCAUGCUUCUAGAAUGCUCAACCGUGAAAGAGUUGCAGCAAAGGUUGGUAAAGCCAGUUUCAGCUGGGAUAGCAACUGCACCACAAGUCAUUUUGUGUUUCGGUGGACAGGUCUCCACUUAUGUCGGCCUAGACCGUGGGAUAGUCGCGAACACAACCAUUCUGCGCUUCUAUCUGGAUCGCUGUGAUCGACUCUCGAAAGACCUGGGUUUCGGUGGCAUUUACCCGGAAAUAUUUCAGAAAAGCCCAAUUUGCGACAUCGUCAAGCUUCAGCUAUGUCUUUUUCUUCGCAAUAUUCAUCGGCAAUGA